AUGGAGCAAGCAAAAACAGAAGUGGAGAAGAAAGUGUCAAGACUUUUAAAAUUCCUCCAAAACAAAAACAAGAUCCCAAGAGACUCAAAGAGAGAGCUUCUAGCCAUUGCUACAGAUCUUCAAGAGCAUUGUCAAUCUCUCUAUUCUUCCAUCGAUGAUUUUCAACAAGAUUUGGAUCCGACAAGAAGCGGUGGCAGAAGUAGAGUGCAGUCGCGUGUUACUUCAACGGAGGAUAUAGUGAAUCUUGUGGAGCAAGGAAGCAAGCUUGAAGCAUUGAGGAACGAGGCAGAAGAGAAAGAACAUGCACUGACUUUACGUGUGAAGGAGCUAGAACGAGAGCUAGGAGAGGCUAAAGCUGAGUGUGAUCGUCGUAAGGGAGAUUUGGAAAAAGAGAUUGAGAUGAAAGCUAGCGAAAGUAAGAAGCUAGGAGAGAAGAACCAAGGGCUUAGGUCUCAAAUCUCCGGUCUGAAACUUGUUUUGAAAGAAACGGGAGAUGAGAUAUCGACACUUGUGAACAAGUUUGGGAAGAGUGAGUUAGGUUUAACAUUGAGGAUUGAAGAUUUGAAGUGUCAGUUGAGAAACUUAGAGCAGGAGAUUGGUUUUCUCCGUGCGAGGAACGCGGAACAGGCUGCAAGUUUUCAAGUUAAGAGAGUUGAGGACAAAGAACGUGUAAACGGGUUGAUGGAUCAGGUAAAUAGUUUGAAACAUGAGCUUGAAUCAUUGCGGAACCAGAAAGGCCAACAAGUUACAGAGAGAGAGAUACAAGUGAAGCGUGUGAAACAAGAAACAGAUGAAGAGAGGAAUAAGUUAAAUGAAGAGAUUGACCGUCUUAGAGAAGAAAAUCAGAAGCUGCAUUCAAGAAUCACUGAACUUGAAUCAUCACAGAUGCAGAGAGAGAUCAAGAAUGCUGAUGAAGUUGAAGAGAAGAGCAAGAAACUGGAAGAUGAACUUUCUCAUCAGAAGAAACAAGAUGAAAAGAUGAAUAAGUUGAAAGAAGAGAUUGACCAUCUUAGAGAAGAAAAGAAGAAGCUACAUUCAACAAUUACAGAACUUGAAUCAUCACAGAUGGAGAAAGAGAUCAAGAACACUGAUGAAAAUGAAGAUAAGAGGAAGAAACUGGAAGAUGAACUUUCUCAUCAGAAGAAACUUGUUCAGAAACAAGAUGAAAAGAUGAAUAAGUUGAAUGAAGAGAUUGACCAUUUUAGAGAAGAAAAUAAGAAGCUGCAUUCAAGAAUUACAGAACUUGAAUCAUCACAGAUGGAGAAGGAGAUCAAGAACACUGAUGCAAAUGAAGAUAAUAGCAAGAAACUGGAAGAUGAACUUUCUCAUCAGAAGAAACUUGCCAAGAAACAAGAUGAAAAGAUGAAUAAGUUGAAUGAAGAGAUUGACAACCUUGGAGAAGAAAAUAAGAAGCUGCAUUCAAGAAUCACAGAAGUUGAUUCAACAAAGAUGGAGAAAGUGAUCAACAAUACUGAUGAAAUUGAAGAAAAGAGCAAGAAACUGGAAGAUGAACUCUCUCAUCAGAAGAAACUUGUCAAGAAACAGGAUGAUGUUAUUCACAGGCUAUCGGCGAAAAUCAAGGAACAGGAAAGACUUGUGAAAGAACAGAAAGAGACCAUUGACAAGUUCUCUGAAGAUCUGAAGCAAUCAAAACGUUGGUCACUUGGUUCUUCAAACCGAGACUCGAAGCUGAAUCCAAAUGCCAUAGAGAAGAAAAUGGAAGAAAUAGCUGAAGAUUUCCGGAUGAAGAUAGAAGACCAUAUCAGGAUACUGUACAGGAGGAUCCAUGUAGCUGAACAAAUACACUUGGAGAGCAAGAACGAAUACAUCAAAAUACGAGACAUAAUUCAAGAAAACAAAGAAACAAGAGAGAGUUUGCUCUUUUACCAAACCCAUUUCAAAAAAAUCAAAGACACUUGGGAGUUUGGGUACGCAAGAUCGACCAAGAAGCUGGAGGAAGCAGAGGAGCACACGGACAGAGUUGCUAGGUUAGCAGGAGAGAUUGAUUCAGCGAAGAUUUGGGUGUGUGAGAAGAAGAGCGAGUUAGAGACUCUAGCUGCGAAGUUAGAAUGUGGAGAUGCUCAAGAGACAUUGUUGAAGGAGAAGUUAUCUAAGCUAGAGAAGAAACUUGCGGAAGAAGGUAAAGAGAAACUGAGUCUAUCAAAGGUUGUGACCAAAUUUGAAGCGAAAAUCAAAGAGCUUGAGAUCAAUGUGAAGGGAAGAGAAGUUGAAUUGUUGAGCUUAGGGGAAGAGAAGAGAGAAGCCAUAAGACAACUCUGUGUUCUUGUGGAUUAUCAAAGAGAUCGAUACGAUGAACUCAAGAAAUCAGCCUUUAGGGUUUAUCCUACGACCUAG